AUGAUCAGAAAAUGGGAGCUUAUUGAUGGCAGAAUUCUUCAAGUGGAACAAGAUCUUGAUAUUGUAAACAAGGAAUUUGGAGCAACUGUAUGGGAUUCCGCACUAGUCUUAGCUAAAUAUUUGGAAAACGAAAAAGUAUUUCCGAAAGGUCAUUUCAAAGGGAAAACUGUUUUAGACAUUGGAUCAGGUACAGGUUUCAUCGGAAUUAUUCUUCUCAUCAUGGGAGCCACUGUUCAUUUCACAGAUCGUCAAGUUCUCAUUCCCCUCAUUGAAAAGAACAUUCAUCUCAACUGUCAAAUCGUCCAUGAUGAUUACAACUUUCUCGAAGAAGGUUCCAUUGAUGAAAAAGCUCCAAUUCUUGCCUCUCAAUAUCAAGCCUUUGAGUAUCUGUGGGGUGAACCCAAUCCAAUCAUUGAACAAACACAUUACGAUUAUGUUAUCAUUUGCGAUUGCAUUUAUGAAUCCAAAGAAAUGUGGCUUCCUCUUGCAAAAGCCCUCAAUGAACAAUUACAUUCAAAAAGUCAUCAAAUCAUUGUAGCACAUGAAAAGAGAUCUCAUAAAGAUCUUGCGUUCUUUCCAUAUAUUCAAGAAACCUUUCAAGUCGAGAGAGUACCUGAUGAAUUAAUGGAUCCAGUGUGGCGAGAUGAAAACAUUAGAAUAUUUUACUUGACGUUUAAGGGAAGUGAUCAUGAUUCAAAGAAUGAAAAGGAUCGAAAUGUGAACACGAUAACAAGUACAACCAAGAAGGAAGAUUCUAUUGCUCGAGAGGGAAACUCAAAGACUCAACAUUAA